CCAUUUUCUCUCUCCUCGUGCUUCCCUCUCAGCGGCAAGAGCUCCGUGUUCUCUCUCCUCCAUUGUCGCUCUCCUUCGCGAUUCUCUCUCCUCACCUCCAUCAUGUCCUCACCUGCUUCAACCACCGCGCUGUCAUCAUCUCUACGAUACCAUCAUCUAUGCGUUGUCUCCUCUGUUGCAAGUGGAAAGUCCACCCUGAUUGAUUCUUUGGUGGCUGCUGCCGGGAUCAUAGCCCAGGAAACUGUCGGUGAUGUUCGGAUGACUGAUAUCCGUGCAGAUGAGGCUGAACGUGGUAUCACUAUCAAGUCCACUGGAAUUUCUCUGUACUAUGAGAUGACAGAUGACGCUUUGGCUGCAUUCAAGGGAGAGCGUGCCGGCAAUGACUAUCUUAUCAACCUCAUCGGUUCUCCUGGACAUGUGGACUUCUCAUCAGAGGUUACUGCUGCCCUCCGUAUCACUGACGGGGCUGACUUUGUUUCGGUUUGGUAUGUGAUUAGCUGACCUACUCUUUUAAAGUAGAAGGACUAAUGUGAAAAGUUAUGUACACUGCAUGACAAAUUGACAAGAUAAUGGCAUGGUGUUUGAGGCAAUGCAGAUCCAGGUAAUUUUUUAUCCAGAAAUGUGACUAUGUCUAUGCUCCAUUCUAGUUGUGAUGUCUUCUAAGUUGAUGUGAACCUCAUGGAAUGUAAUUUUGCUCAUUUGACAAAUGAGUAAAUUCAGUUUGCUCAUUUGCAUAAAUGAGUAAAUCCAGUUUGCUCAUUUGUAUAAAUGAGUAAAUUCAGUUUGCUCAUUUGUAUAAAUUCAGUUUGCUCAUUUGUAUAAAUUCAGUUUAUAUGAAAAGUUCUGAUAUGAAUGUGUUCUCUUUUGGGAAAUAGGAAAUUAGCUGUAAUUAAAUUCAGGUAGCCAAAAACCAAAGCUCCAUACCUUCUGAAACAUGCUGGAACAUGCUGGAACAGGUUAUGUUUGAUGUUCUCCAUUCAAGCUUACAUCAGUCUGCUAUUCAAGCUCAACAUGCUGGAACAGGUUAUGUUUGAUGUUCUCCAUUCAAGCUUACGGUGAAUGUUAUGAAUCAUACAUUAUCAAAUGUUUCAUGCCUAUGACUCCCUAAAAACCUAAUGUUUCUGCAAUAUGAAUUCCUAAAACAACUUUCAUCCUAUGAAUCCUGGCUUUUCUGCAUUCUCAAGCUGCUGUUAUAACUUAUAAGUGUCACCACCUAUAGUUUACCUUCUGCCUUGUUGCCUACACUGUCGGUUUAGGACUAAAUAAUAUGUUUAUCCAGAUACUCCUUGGUGUACGAAGGUAACCCCUUAUUGGAAGGUGCAGUUGUUGUGACGGAUUACUAAACUUGUGCAUACUUAUACAAAAUACGGAGUAAAUUAUUUUGCAUGCAUGGCCUGUAAGUUAACCGGCUAUAAGAACUCUUUUAAACGUGUUUUCUUCUUGUUGAAGCUGGAGUGCCCCAUUUGAAAUGGUUUGGAGUUGAAGGUGAACCAAGUCUGGAAGACCUAUUUAACUACUGCAGUAGGGAGUCGUCGCUGAAAACAGUACUAAUGCUUGCCGACCAG